CGACGAAAGUGAAAGUAUACAGAAUCAGGAAAUUGCGUUUGAUGGGCAGAAAGAAGAGGAAAAGCCGCGCAGAUUAACUUGUAUUUUGUUUGUAAUCUCAACAUGUCCCGUCGCGUGUUGCAGCAAAGAAUUGAGCUGGAGAAAAGUGUGAGGCGAUUACGGGAGACGUUCCAGGGCAAAGUAUCCUUGGACAUGGCUGUGCUGCUGAUGAAAAGAUAUCACUGUGAUUACUCACUGGUCUCCAAGUACAUUAUCCUGAUGGCCACAGAUCAGGAUGCAGGGGGGUUGGAUGCCGAUGAUAGGCAGGAGAUAGAGGACGAUGCAGUAAUCAAGGCAGUUAUUGAGAAGCUUCAGGAUGAAGAGAACAAGGCAAAGACCAAGGCAGUUAUUGAGAAGCUUCAGGAUGAAGAGAACAAGGCAGAGCCCAAGAAAAUCGUGUCGGAGUUGACGGUGAAGAACUUGGCGAAGUUUAACUUGGCGAAUGUGAGUUCAGUUCCACACGAGGACCGGCAGUUCUCCUGUAGCCAGUGUGACAGGUUUUGGUGGAGGAGAGUUCCUGCAAGGAAACAGGUGUCCAGGUGUCGCGGGUGCAGGAAAAAGUACGACCCAGUGCCUUACGACAAGAUGUGGGGUUAUGCAGAGUUCCACUGCCAGGAGUGUUGCCACGUCUUUGGGGGAUUUGGCCAGAUGGGUGUCCCUGCGCCGUGCUACAUCUGCCAGAGCCGUGUGAUUCCCACCCGUAUCCUCCCGCCAAAGAAAAGUAUGGGAUCGCGCAGUUCCAAGCCACACAGCUGCUUCGCGGAGGACUGCUACAACCGCAGAGAACCUCACAUUCCUGGCAUCCACUGCGUUCAUCCGCGCAGUCGGCAACGUAGAGGCCUCCCGAAGGUGCUGUACCCAAGUCCGCCGCAUGACAGCACGGGCUCCACCAUCAACACCUGCCUUAGCCAGGGCAGUCUGAUGGAGUGCCAGGUGGACGACAUCAUCGCAGAGGACCUCCGCGAGACGGACGGCGAGUACGACGAUGGAACUGAGGAAGACGAGGAUUCGACGGAGAAGUCAGACAGUGUGAACAAUGAUAACGAUGAUUAGUGGUGAAUCCUGAGUGCAGUUGUGUAAUGCAGCCUGCCCUCAGCAGGAGGGCCUUGGGGAGGGAAUAGGAACCGACCCAAAGUGAUAGUUUCUCUGAGGGUGGUCUUGCUGAAAUUCACCCACCCAAGAAGGAGAAAAUUUGCAAAACAAAUACAUGCUUUAAUUCCAUGUAAAUUAAAAAUUAAAUAAUUGACGCUUGGGCUCUGUUCCCAGGUGAUGGAUAUUUCCUUCCAAUGACCAGUCAAGGGAGGUGUGAUGGAGUGCUUACUCUGUGUGUGUGGUCAGGGAGGUGUGAAGGACGAGAGAGAGAGAGAGAGAGUGUGUGUGUGUGUUCGUUGAUUGGAUCUGUAAUUAGCUGCUUCAAGUGAAAAGUUGAAGCUGUGAAUUUUUUUUAGGCAUCACUUGGUGUUCUCUUUAUCUGUGGCUUGUGUGAGUGGCUCUUUUUAUGAUCUGUUCCUGAGCUGUGAUCCAUUCCUGGGCAGUGAUCAUUCAUAGAAAUAGAAACAUAGAAAAUAGGUGCAGGAGUAGGCCAUUCAGCCCUUCGAGCCUGCACUGCCAUUCAGUCUGAUUAUGGCUGAUCAUCCUACUCAGAACCCUGUACCUGCUUUCUCUCCAUACCCCCUGAUCCCUUUAGCCACAAGGGCCAUAUCCAACUUCCUCUUAAAUAUAGCCAAUGAACCAGCCUCAACUGUUUCCUGGGCAGUGAUUGUUCCUGGCUGGUGAUCAUUCAUGGGCAGUGAUCAUUCCUGGGCAGUGAUCCAUUCCCAAGAGGUGAUCCACAUUUCAUUGCUGAAUGCGUUGAGAUUUCUUUUGCUUUUAGCUGUAAGGCAGCUUACCAAAGGACUACUGUCAUUGGGCAGUAAUACCAGUGUACCUACACUAACCAAUCCAAUUAAUCUGUCUUAUUUCUUUAAUUUAAUUUAGUCAUGGAGUCGUACAGCACGAAAGCAGGGCCUUCAGACCAACUGGUCUCUGCUGACCAAAAUGCCCCAUCCAAGCUGGUCCCAUUUGCCUGUUUGACCCUUAACUGCCAAAACCUCUCCAUGUACCUGUCCAACUGUGUUUGAAAAGUUGUUCUUGUACCUGCUAACUGUAACAGAUUCCUGUUAGACCACAAGAGAUAAGAGCAGAAUGAUGUCAUUGAGCCUGCUCCGCUAUUCCAUCAUGGCUGAUUUAUUAUCCCUCUCAACCCCAGCUUUUCUAGUCCUGUGAUUUAUGUUUGUCCGGCGUUUCCUCCUUUGCUCACUGCUCUGAGUAAGCUCCCCACUUGGCAGCACCAAUGUCAGCAGUCAAUAUUUGAUGAGGAUCUGUCCCCAAGCUGGUUCACGUCCAUGCUGCUCUUUGCAACUCAGAACCACCCCAGUCUAAGACUUCGCUUGCUGAGACUACUCUCUUUCACCUGCCUGGGCAAUGGGCUUGUCAUUCUCCGCUCUAAACCUCUCCUGCUCUUGGUCUCUGAGGUGCUCCUUAAAAGAGCUUCUUGGCUAACUUUUCAACUGUCUGAUUGUUUAGCCUGUUGGACCUUGGGACAAAUCACUGCACUAAAGGUGCCAUCUAAACAGUCGAUUCUCCUGAAGGGUCUCUGCCUGAAAUCUCGACUGUUUGUUCUCCUCCUUGGAGGCUGCUUGACCUGCUGAGCUCUUCCAGCACUUUGUCAGUUGGCUCUCCUGGACUCUUGAGUUUUCCAAAUGUUACCUCUUCCCUAAUCAGAAGCAGGUUUAUUAUCACUGACGUGUCUUGUGAAAUGUGCUGUUCUGAAUGUGAAUGUACAAUGCAAUUCAGAAAAAAACUAUAAACUACAAUAUAUAGGCAGAAAUAGGUAGUGUUCAUGGAUUGGCUUGAUGUCUGAUGACAAAGGAGAAGAAACUGUUCCUAAAUUGCUAAGGGGGUGUUUUCAGGCCCCUGUACCUCCUCUCAAAUAGUAGUAAUGAGAAGAUGGCACAUCCUGGGUGAUGGGGGUUCUUAAUGAUGGAUGCCAACUUUUAGAGGCAUCGCCUUUUGAAGAGGUCCUCGAUGGUGGGGAGGCUGUUAUCCUUGAUGGAGCUGGCUGAGUUUGCAACCGCUUUAAACUUCUUGAGUUUUUAAAACUCGUAAUCGGUUCUUGGCCAGCUCUCUUAGCAUUCCUUCUGGUGUCAGAGGGUUUUGUACUAAACCAGCUGAUGUUCAAGUCAUCUCCUGGAACCUGCUGUAUGACUCUGAUGGGAGAAAGAUAUGCCCUGUGGAAUCUCAAAGGAGCUUGCUAGCUCUGGUUACUGUAUUCAGAUUCCUGGAGACUGUUGGAGGUUUGGAAUCCCUGCCUGUAUUUUUGUACACAGUGGCACUUCAGUGAGAAUUUUUUUUCCUAAAGGUACUUUCUUGCACAUUUCUUCCCCUUCCCUGAGGUCUCAUGCCAGUCUGCUGGGGAUUGUGUUGACGAAACACAGGGGUUGUUGUAGCUGAAUUGCACCCACCUGUCUGCGUGCCCUCUCUGUCUAGAUUACAGUGCCAGAGAUUGUUGUCCCAGUCACAGCCACUGAACCCAAUGAUGCUGUUUGUCAGAGGAGAGGAGGCCACUGUUACAAGCUCAAUGGAGAUCCCUUAGCCUCGCUCAAACACUUCUCAUCAGCAUCCCUCAGAACUUUGGGUUUACACCUCAUGAGAAGCUCGCUGAGGGAGUGCUGCACUGACAGAGGGACCAGGGACUAAGCUGACCUCCAUUUAAGGCCAUGCACAUUUCCUCUGAACACAGGCAUAAAGAUCCUGUGGACAAAGUCAGUCGAUAUUUGCUGAGGAUUUGUCUUUAUUGUUGCUGUAUAUAGCUUCCCCUUCUGGGUUUUAGCCAGUCUUAGUAAGCUGUUCACCAAAGACCAGUCAGAUAAGCGUCAGUCCCAGGCAGCAUCUGAGCACCACAUUACCAUUAUCACACCUCGCACUCUUCCAAGCCGAAGUGUUUGUGUCCGGUUGUUUUGCCUUUCCGACCCUUCACACUACACUCACUUUUAGACCCAACAUGAGGAAAUCUGCAGAUGCUGGAAAUUCAAACAACAGGACUGACGAAGGGUCUCGGCCCGAAACGUCGACAGCGCUUCUCCCUAUAGAUGCUGCCUGGCCUGCUGUGUUCCACCAGCAUUUUGUGUGUGUUGUUCUUUUAGAACUGCCGUUUUUAUAUUUGAUUUUCUGCCUGUCUCUUUCUCUCUUUUUCUCUCUCCUCUCUAUUUCCUCCCACUUUCUAUCAAUUUUAUCUUUCACUUAAUAUUAUCAGUCCCCUUUACACUCUGCCUCUCCCUCUCCAUGUAAAGUUUGCUCUGUCCACUCCCCUUCUCCCUCCCCCUCUCCUCCAUCCCUCCCUCUCUCUCCCCUCCCUCUCUCCUUCCCCUCUCUCUCCUUCCCCUCUCCCUCUUCCCCUCCCCCUCUCCCCUCCCUCUCUCCACUUCCUCUCUCUCUCCCUCCCUGCUCCCUCCUUCCUUUGUCUCCAUCUCUUUCUGUUUCUCUCUCUUUCCAUGUGUGUGUGUGUGUGUGUGUGCCUCACUCAGGUGUAAUAGACCCAGUGGAUUUGGGGUGAAUACCUUCGUUCCUGCUAGUUUUUGUGCAAAAAAAAAUGUCAAGAAUGAAAGCAUUAGAGUUAUGUUGUUGCACGUGAAGGGAAUGAAAAGCUUAUUUUUAAUAAGUGGGGAGAUUAGCAAAACUGGAAUUUUAGAACCUCAGAUUUUCAAAGUUCAAAGUAAACAUGUUAUCAAAAUAUGUGUAUAUCACCAUGUACAACCCUGAGAUUCAUUUUCUUGUAGAUAGACAAGGUAGAACAAAUUAGAAUUGAUGAAAAACUACACAGAAAGACUGACAAACAACCAAUGUGCAAAAGAUCAGCAAAUAUGGAAAAAAAUUAUAUUGAGAGUAUGAGUUGUAUGCACAGUCCUUGAAAGUGAGUCCAUAGAUUUUGGAAAUUUGGGUUAAUCCUCCUGCUUCACAAGCUUACAGAAACCACCUUUUUAAAAUAUUUGCCACAGGUAAAUUCUCCCCGGAGGUUGAUGGUAGUUCUGGGUCCAUCAGCACGAGUCAGUACGGGACAGAGGCAGAGGCUGGUUAUUUGCCUCUGAGUCGGCUGUGAAAUGUCUCACUGUCAUGGACACUUGCUACGAUGGCUUUGAGAGGAGAGAGUAGUAUCGGUGCUGGGAGCCGCAAUCUGCACUUCCACACGGUGUAUGUUAACAAUGCAUUCUGUUCAAGUAUUUCAUCAAUUGGAAUUGUAUAAAAGAUGUGACCUGUAAAAAUAAUGAGAGUAAUUGGUGGAUGAGUUUUGAUCAGUGCCGCAUUGUUUUAAUCUUGUUUCCCCCAAGAGAUGAUCAUCUAUUUUAACAUUAAAAAUCUGAGUCUGAAUUUCA